GCCCUGGACAAGAGUGUACCAGAUAAAAAUUUUUAAAAAAUGAUGGAAAAAAAUCCCACAGAUGCACAUUAAAGGAGGAACCUGAACCAUUACAUUUUGACAGGAUUUCCCGAACUGGGGUUCAUGAAUGAGCUGGAGACUUUCCAAAUGUAUAAAAACAGUAGAAUUUUAGGAAUGAAAAUUCAAAAGAGAGAAAAGAAGAAUUAGGGCAAAUCAAAUUAUGAAAAAUUACUGCCAUUGUAUGAGUAAAAUGUAAUCAUGUAAUCUGUAAAAAAAGCAACUAAUCUGAUUAUUAAUGUAUUAAAAUGUAUAUAUAUCUAACUACAAGUAAUUCAUUUUUGGAGUCUGAUUACAUGUAAUCAUUUACUACCCAUCUCUGACAUCACCCACUUCACCCAAGCAACCACCUACAAACUCUCUGAAACCACCCACUACACCCUAGCAACCACCUACAAACUCUCUGAAACCACCCACUACACCCUAGCAACCACCUACAAACUCUCUGACAUCACCCACUACACCCUAGCAACCACCUACAAACUCUCUGACAUCACCCACUACACCCAAGCAACCACCUACAAACUCUCUGAAACCACCCACUACACCCUAGCAACCACCUACAAACUCUCUGACAUCACCCACUACACCCUAGCAACCACCUACAAACUCUCUGAAACCACCCACUACACCCUAGCAACCACCUACAAACUCUCUGAAACCACCCACUACACCCUAGCAACCAUCUACAAACUCUCUGACAUCACCCACUACACCCUAGCAACCAUCUACAAACUCUCUGAAACCACCCACUACACCCUAGCAACCACCUACAAACUCUCUGACAUCACCCACUACACCCUAGCAACCACCUACAAACUCUCUGACAUCACCAGUUCUGGGUAGAUUACUUACAAAGUGUAUUCAAUUACUGAUUACAAAUUACAUGACAGAAAUUAUAAUUUGUAACGUAAUCUAUUAGAUUACACAUAUUAGGUAAUGUAUUCUGACUAAUGCUUGAUUACUUUUAGAUUACGUUUGACCCAAAAUAUUCCAUUCUUUUUCAAAAUCAUAGCAUUUAUUAAACAUUACAUUAUGCCAGGGUUUCCUGAACUGGGGUUCAUGAAUGAAGUACAAGGGGUUUGUGAGUAGAUGAAAAACUGGAGACUUUCCAAAUGUAAAAAAACAGUAGAAUUUUAGGAAUGAAAAUUUGACAGAGAGAGAGAGAGAGAGAGAGAAGAAGAAGAAUUAGAGCAGAUCAAAUUAUGAAAUGAGUAAUAUGUAAUCAUAUAAUCUGUAAAAAGUAACUGUAAUUAGCUGAUUAUUUAUAUUUUGAAGAGUAAUAUAUCUAACUACAAGUACUUAAUUUUUGGAGUCUGAUUAUGUAAUCCAGAUUACUAGUGCUAAAUAGUACCAGUUACUAUUUAGCACUGGACACCACCCACGACACCCUAGCAACCACGUACAAACUCUCUGACACCAUCCACGACACCCUAGCAACCACCUACAAACUCUCUGACACCACCCACGACACCCUAGCAACCACGUACAAACUCUCUGACACCAUCCACGACACCCUAGCAACCACCUACAAACUCUCUGACACCACCCACGACACCCUAGCAACCACGCAUACAAACUCUCUGACACCAUCCACGACACCCUAGCAACCACCUACAAACUCUCUGACACCACCCACGACACCCUAGCAACCACGUACAAACUCUCUGACACCAUCCACGACACCCUAGCAACCACCUACAAACUCUCUGACACCACCCACGACACCCUAGCAACCACGCACAAACUCUCUGACACCACCCACUACACCCUAGCAACCACCUACAAACUCUCUGACACCACCCACUACACCCUAGCAACCACGUACAAACUCUCUGACGCCAUCCACGACACCCUAGCAACCAUCUACAAACUCUCUGACAUCACCCACUACACCCUAGCAACCACCUACAAACUCUCUGACACCACCCACGACACCCUAGCAACCACGUACAAACUCUCUGACACCAUCCACGACACCCUAGCAACCAUCUACAAACUCUCUGACAUCACCCACUACACCCUAGCAACCACCUACAAACUCUCUGACACCACCCACGACACCCUAGCAACCACCUAGCAAUGCCCUGGUAACCACCCUUGCGCUGCACUCACAUGCUCAUCGUAACGUAAAAAAUCUUGUAUUGCGGUACUGAUUUGGUGGCACGUUGGGUUAAAGGCGUCGCUGUGCCUUUAAAAGCAUGUUGAGCCGCAUCAGAUAUGCUGGAGCAUCUAAUGAUGCUUUAAGCACAAAGUCUAAUUGAGUUACAUGCUGAUGAAAGACAUGCCAAAGCGGCCCCUGCACCAGCCCACCUAAUCAACAGCAACGUCUCGAGGCAGAAGAGCCAGCUGGGAACGUCACAUUUCAGGGGGAGCCACAUAAAUAAGAACAGGUGAGCGCAAGAGCAAAAGAACAAAAAUUGGAGUCAAACCAGCUGAGACUAACAAGUGGUUGCCAAGCUGAGGAGCAGACAGAGAGAGAGAGAGAGAGAGACUGUGUGUUUGCAGGGACACACAGAGCAGCUGCGCGCUCAGAAAGCGCAGGCGACAGCACGGCUGUGAAAGCAUUCAGUUGCAGAUUUCUGACUAAACGUGUCCGUGCUGCUGCCUCUCACUCCCCCACCAGCCUCUUUAUUCAGGAGCAGUCAAGCCAAGCCUGUGAACUCCUGCUGGCUGUGCGCAGGGCUCGACACGCUCUUCUGCAGUGAUGAGGGCUACGACAGCAAGCGCAGGAAUAACGGACUGACCGCCUACAACAGGUCUGACAGAAUGAGGCCAAAAUGAAGUUUCCCGCUGCAUGCGGCAUGCAUGAGAACGACACGCGAUUGUGAGCAUCAUCUCUCGAGUCGCAGCUGGAAUGCAACAGGUCCCGGUGUCUGCAUGUGCUGACUCAAGUAGCUGUCGCCUAUGUGCUGUGAUCUCCGACUCUGCAAAAGCCAUCGCUCCUGAGAUUCCUCAAGUACUGUUUGCUGCAGCGCAUUCAGAGGGAGUGCAUUUUUCUUCGUUUUAUUGUUGCAGCAGUGUGUGCUGCAACUCUGUGCUGCUGAGAAAUCUGAUCACCUGCCAUUAAACAGGCGCAUGCUCUUGGUUUCUAAUAGAGCACAAGAGAGUCUAGGGCUGCAUGCACACCGCAAGGCUUCAUCUUUCAUCCCAACUGUUUACUUAAGAUAUAAGCGAGUGCAUUUAAUGCAUUAAUGACUCGCCAUGAUGCCCGGGGCUCUCUAUUGUUAGAACUUUUAAGUAAUCGUCCUCAUUAUUUCAGCUUUAGAAAUUCAAACAAAACGUCAAAGAAUGCAAUUCAACGGAGAAGACGAUUCACAUGCAUGAAUUCCCCGUGCAUUCAUUCGCUGUGUCCUGCAUUCACAUCUAUCCUGUCUGUUACAUAACACUGGCCAUAUUUUAAUGCACAUCACCGAUUAAAGACUUCAGGCAAGUGUGCAUGCUCCACAGAGUGUACGUCUAUUCAAAAUAUUCCUUGUCCCAAUAUUCUCAUGCACAUUAAUUCUGCAGUACAGUGUUUGUUGUCUGAUUGAUUCCAUUAAUUAAUUCUAAGUAUCUCCUUCCUUCACAGGCUGAUCGCCAACCUACUGACACAUGCAGGAUGACGGGGCGCGUCUUGGAACAUGUGUAGCGUUCACUAUAACCACAGCCUAACGGCCAUGAGCGGGACUGAUAUCAUGGCCUAUUCUCUGAGCCUGGAGCAGAAGACGGCGUUUGCGUUCGUUGGGAUGUUGCUGGUGUUUCUCGGCCUGUUGAUCGUCAGGUGUUUCCGGAUCCUGCUGGACCCCUACAGUAGCAUGCCAUCAUCCAGCUGGGGCGACGGACUGGAGGGCCUGGAAAAAGGGACAUUUGAAUAUGCUCUUACCUGAGACCGUGUUCCCAAAGACGCCAAACCCCAGUCCAUGGCUUCAUUCUAGAGCCCCCUAAGUCGUAUAAAGCCUUCGCACCGUAUGGGGGCAUGCACACAGGACGCAUUCGAGAUGCAAAACGUUUUAACUUGGGACUAUUUUUAACUUGAUACACGUUCUCAGAAACAGGUAAUGUUUGGUGAUGCAAUGGCCAAAGAUGUGUAAUUGAUGCAUGCGCAUUCGGAUAGGGUUGCAAAGGGGUGGAAAAUUUCAGAAGCUUUCCAGACAUUUUGGACACCGUUGG